UUGGAUAUGUGAUGGAGAAGAAGAGCUUUGAAGCUCUUGCUUUGCUUCUUCCUCUGUUCUCUUUGGUUGCAGGAAUUGAUAGAAGCCAUUUCCCUCCUGAUUUCCUCUUCGGAACAGCCACAUCUUCUUAUCAGAUUGAAGGGGGAUAUUUGGAUGGUAACAAAGGCUUGAGCAAUUGGGAUGUCUUCACCCACAUACAAGGAAAAAUAGAGGAUGGUAGUAAUGGGGAUAUAGCUGACGACCAUUAUCAUCGAUACAAGGCUGACAUCGAUUUGAUGCAUUCACUUGGAGUUAACUCCUACAGGUUCUCUAUAUCAUGGACCAGAAUUUUACCCAGAGGCAGGUUUGGAGACGUUAAUGAAAAUGGCAUCUCAUUUUACAACAAGAUAAUUGAUUACUUACUGCUUAAAGGAAUACAGCCGUUUGUGACAUUAUGCCACUAUGAUAUUCCUCAAGAACUAGAGGAUCGAUACGGCGCAUGGUUGAACUCUCAGAUACAAGAAGAUUUUGGAUAUUUUGCAGAUAUAUGCUUUAGAGAAUUUGGUGAAAAAAUAAAAUAUUGGAGCACUUUUAAUGAGCCAACAGUCUUGGUCAAUAAAGGAUAUCGAUUGGGUUUAUAUCCACCAGGUCGUUGUUCAGCACCAUAUGGCCAUUGUUCAUCAGGAGAUUCUGACACAGAGCCUUUCUUUGCCGCCCAUAAUGUCAUAUUGUCACAUGCCACCGCAGUCAAUAUUUAUCGAACAAAAUAUCAGAGUAAACAAAGAGGUUCUAUAGGCAUUGUGGUGUCUACAACAUGGUACGAGCCAUAUGAAGAUACUCCAAUCGAAAGGAAGGCGGCGGCAAGAGCCGAUGCUUUUGAAAUUGGAUGGUUUCUUGAUCCAAUAAUGUAUGGCUCUUAUCCACCAGAGAUGGUCCAAAUCAUAGGAUCAAUAUUGCCAACAUUUUCACCAAGUGAUAAGAGGAAAUUGAACAAUAGCUUGGACUUUAUUGGAGUCAAUCAUUACACCUCUUUAUAUGCAAAGGAUUGCUUGUUUUCAGAAUGUCAUUUAGGUCCUUUUCAGAGCAAUGGGUCUGUGCUUGGCCUUGGGUACAAAAAUGGCAUUCCCAUUGGACCAAAGACUGGAAUGGGAAACCUAUUUGUUACACCACAUGGCAUGGAAAAGAUAGUUUUGUAUGUAAAGGAAAGGUAUAAAAAUAUGCCUAUGUUUCUCACAGAAAAUGGUUAUGGACAGAAGAGCAGUAACAAUGCAGCAACUGAGGACAUUAUCAAUGAUAAUGUCAGAGUAGAGUUUCUGAGAAGCUAUAUGACUUCACUAUCCAGUGCUAUGAGGAAAGGAGCUGAUGUAAGAGGCUAUUUUAUAUGGUCUCUUCUAGACAACUUUGAAUGGGUGCAUGGUUACUCGGAAAGAUUCGGGCUUUAUCAUGUUGAUUAUAAAACACUGAAGAGAACUCCAAAAUCAUCAGCUAAAUGGUACCAAAAGUUUCUUCAAGAGAUGGAGAUCAACCAUUAAUUUCAUGAUGUUACAGGAAAGUAUUAUGUUGUGAUGAUUUUGAAGAAUGUAUGGUAUUGCUUAUUUUGUCAUGCGAGAUGUUUGAAUUAUUUGUGUGUUGUGAUAUCAAUAUUAUGGAAGUAUUAG